AUGAGCAGUGAAGAGCCUGCACAGGUUGUAGACUCUUUAGCGAGUCCAGAAGGUCCAGCUGGAGUGGAUACGAACGGAACAGCAGAGACGACAACAGCAGCAGAGACAGCAGCAGCAGCAGCAGCAGAUAGACAGCGCAAACAUAUUGAAAAGAGUGGUAGUGAUGACGAGAGUGAUGGUGAUGCAGAUCCAGAGGCAGAAGCAGCCAAAAAUGCACGUAUAGCUACGAAUCAGCAGUUAGAUGAAAUCGAUAACACUCAUCGUAAUCGCCAAGAGCUAGAGGAGAAGCUAGAUAAGAUUAUUAAGAAACCUAAGGCAAGGAGGAGUAGAAGAGACGAAGAUGAUUUGGAACAGUUUCUAGAUGAAAAGAUCCUAAGGUUAAAGGAUGAGAUGAAUGUUGCUGCACAAAUCGAUGUAGAUACUUUAAACAAGAGGUUGGAAACCGGUGAUAACUCAUUAAUUGCCAUGCAGAAGGUCAAACUAUUGCCCAAGGUGGAAAGCGUCCUAUCUAAAGCUCAUCUUGCGGAUACCAUAUUGGAUAAUAACCUUUUACAAAGUGUAAGAAUUUGGUUAGAGCCAUUGCCAGAUGGAUCGUUACCAUCAUUUGAAAUUCAAAAAUCUUUAUUUGCCGCCCUUGAGAAGCUGCCAAUCAAGACUGAACAUUUAAAGGAAAGUGGUUUGGGUCGUGUCAUAAUUUUUUACACUAAAUCUAAACGUGUAGAACCACCAUUGGCCAGAUUAGCGGAUAGAUUAAUUGCAGAAUGGACAAGACCAAUUAUCGGAGCAUCUGAUAACUAUAGAGAUAAGAGAAUUUUACAGUUGGAAUUUGAUGCUGAAAAGAUGAGAAAGAAGGCAGCCUUAGAUUCUGCAAAGAGCCGUAAGAAGAAAUCAGGUAAAAAGAUUACAGCCCAGGGAUCGACUUCACAAUCAUUAUACGAACAAGCAGCAGCUCGCAGGAACAGAGCCGCUGCACCUGCACCAACUACAACUGAUUACAAGUAUGCUCCAACGAGUAAUUUGAAUCCCACUUCUGGUCCUUCAAAGAUUGCAGGUGUUGGUUCAUCGUUGAACAACAGCGAAAUGUACAAGAGACUAACCUCAAGACUACAAAAGGGUAAACGUUCUAAAUAG